UGGAACUCACUUCAUGUACGAGAACACCAUUCAGGGGAACGUGGAUCCUCAUGGAGGUCUAAUCAGCCGUCAGAGGAACCUUCAUCUGCAGUUCUGCUGUAUUUACCCUCUGGCUCAGGCACUGUCAAUGGCUGUAGGCAUCAACCCUGUGGAGAGCAUUUUGAGGAAGAAGCUUCCAAUUGGGAUUGGAUCAUAUCGUAUGAGAAUGAUCCCAUACGAGGAUGAAGACUUCCACUUCCCACUUAGCACUAACAGAAACAUAGAGAUGGAAGUUGAUGAAAUGCUUUAUAUAGAAGUGAGAACAGAAGGAGUAGAUCAGCGCCAGUUUGCCACAGUUCUGGACUCUUGCUGGGCCACGCCAAUCAACCAAGCAAACUACCCUAUUCGCUGGAAUCUCAUUAUUUCACAGUGUCCUAAUCCAGACGAUGGAACAGUAGAUGUGAUUCAAAACGGUGUCUCCACUGUAGCGCGUUUCUCCUUCAGGAUGUUUACCUUUACCAACCACACAGAGAUGUACUUGCACUGCAAUGUCCACUUGUGUCUCAUGAGAAACAACAACUGCACAGCUCACUGCUAUCCAGGACACCACAACCGAUUCCAGAGGGACAUAUCUUACCAUGAUUCUGCAGCGCUAACGCUUGGACCACUAGUCCUUGGGGCCCAACAGAAGAAUGGUGCACUGAUCCAAAGAAAUGGUGCUUCAGGCUGUCUGACAUCAACUGUUACCCUGAUUUUCAGCUUACUGAUAGCCAGAAUCUUAGUGAAUUGAGAUU